AUGAAGAUUCUUUCAGACAAAGUCAUACAAAAACACCUUUUGGCCGUGGACAGGCGCCAGGCAGAAAACGGCUACCUUCCUGUUUUGGAAAAAGCGCUAGCCGACUAUGCCGCUAACCACGACGUCGUACCCUCAAGAACCGUUCUCACCUCCAACUACCCUGGUUGUGAUACCACCCACUUGUUCAUGCCGUGUGCUGCACCCAAUAGCGUGGGGGCUAAGGUGAUGAGUGGCGGCUCCUACAAUUCCAAAAACGGACUUGGCGGUCAAUUGAAAGGCGUGGUGAAUGCCAAAACACUCACUGCGUUUCGGACGGCCUUGGCCAGUUUUUCGGUGGUUCAUAGAGAAUUUGGUGACAGGCUGGAGAAGUUCGAGAGCAUCGUGGUGUUUGGAACUGGACCCCAGGCCUUCUGGCAUGCCUACCUUGUGUUGAAGGUGUAUGGAGCUGACUUGGUCACCGUGGUCAGUAGAACAAAGGAAAGCGCCCAGAAGCUUUGCAAGGAGCUUCAAUUGCAUUCUGACGUGAAGCUCGAGGCCUUGGGUUUCUCUGACGAAAGCGUGGGAGACAGAAUCGCAAAGGCGCCUGUGAUCUUGGGCUGUGUUCCAUCCACGGAGCCCACUAUCAAGCUGGAAUACUUGGAAACCAACACCAAGAAGGUCAUAACGCUCAUAGGCUCGUACAAGCCGCACAUGGUCGAGCUUGAUCCGGAGUUUGUGGAGAAGAACUUCAGAGGAAAGGUCAAGCUUAUUGUGGACUCCAAGGCCCACGCUUUGGCCGAGGCAGGGGAAUUGGUGCAGAGCAAUACGAAGGAGGAGAACCUUGUUUCUUUGAACGAUUAUUUGUCUGGUAAGGUUGAAGGAACUACGCAAACGGAAUCUGGAAUUACCGUUGCGAAAAUCGUCGGUCUCCUGAUAAUGGACAUCUACAUGGCCGAGUACAUGUUGGAUGCCGUUGAGGCACCUUCUGUGGAAUUUGACUAG